AUCAAAUGUGCAGAAGCAACUAACCCAAUGGGUGUUGAAAAAAGGUACAAAACGUUCUGUUGAUGUCAUUGAUGACAAUUCAGAAUUGAAAUCUAAAAAAAAUUGUACAUCUGACAAUAACAGUACAAAUGUCAACUGUCCUCUGUUUUCAAAUUCAUUUUCUAAUAAAGAAGAAUCAUCAACAACAUUCCCAAUCAAUAAUGAGCCAACAGCCACUAUAAGUAAGAAUAUUGAUAUAACUAAUGAUACAUAUAGUGUAGACAUAGGUAAUUUUUUAAGGACAUCUGAUAGCUUAUUAACUGAUCAUGUAAAGGCUAAAAUUAUCAAUAUGGAUAACAUACCUUCAAAUGAUUUUAUUUAUCCAUUUACUUUGAAUAUCAGAAACGGUAAAAGUAUUAAGAGAUCAUUGAGAAAAAACCAUUUUGAACAAUACAAAUGGCUGACAUAUUCUAACUUAAAAUCUGGUUUAUUCUGCAAAUAUUGUGUUUUAUUUAUUGUCAAAGGUGGUAAGUAUAACACAAUAACUUUAAAAAAAUUUGUUACUGAACCUCUUACUAAAUUUUCAAACCUAACUGGGAAAGAUGGAGACUUAGAGGUGCACAACAAUAAUAAGUAUCAUAUAAAUGCCAUACAAAUUGCUGAUGAUUUUUUGAAAAAUCUUAUUAAUCCAAAACAAGAUGUGAUUAAUUUAAUAAACAAUGAUAGAUUAUGUCAAGUUCUUGAAAAUCGAAAAAGACUAAUACCAAUAAUACAAUCCAUUUUAUUCCUUGGUCGCCAAAAUAUACCAUUUAGAGGGCAUCGUGAAGAAGGUAAUAUUUUAGAUGAUAGUGUUUCCUCUGUUAACAUGGGCAAUUUUCGUGAACUUCUAAAAUAUAGAAUACUUGGUGGUGAUUCUACUUAAGAAAAUCAUUUA